GGGGACUGGGGGCGCGCAGGACGGAAGCGGAGCGGAGGCGCCGGGGAGGUGGAGGACGAGCCCCCUCAGGUUACCACCAAGGAACAUGAUUUUGGUCUAGGGGCUCCAGUUUCUGAAGCUGAAAAAUACCAGAAUACUCUCCAGCUAGAAGAAGAAGUGAGAAAUCAAGAUAGAUUCAUCUCUACACUGAAAUUACAGGCAUUUGGAUACCUUCGUGAUAGAAAAGGCCCUUUUCUUCAUCCGUUGAUGGUUUGAUAGUGGGCUGGGAAGGAAAGCUGUGGUCCUCCACAUUAGUCAGCAAAUACUUGAUUGAUUUGGUAUUUAGCUUAGUCAAAUUGAAGAUCUCAAACAGACAAAUCAUGGCUUGGAAGAAUAUGUUAGGAAACUCUUGGAUAGUAAGGAGGUGGUAAGCAGUCAAGUAGACGAUUUAACCAGCCACAAUGAGCAUCUUUGUAAAGAAUUGAUUAAAAUUGACCAACUAGCAGAGCAACUGGAAAAAGAGAAAAAUUUUGUGGUGGAUACUGCCGACAAGGAACUUGAAGAAGCAAAGAUUGAACUCAUUUGCCAGCAAAAUAAUAUAAUAGUAUUGGAAGAUACAAUAAAAAGGCUUAGAUCUACUUGACUCCUUUGUCAAGACUUUAGAAGCAGACAGAGAUUACUACAAAAGUGAAGCUCAAAACUUGAGAAAGAUGAUCAGAAGUAGAUCUAAAAGUCCAAGACGCCCGUCUCCAACUUCCCGGGGUACAAACUGUGAUGUAGAACUUCUGAAGCAAACAAGAGACCGUGAAGAACUUAAGUGCAUGCUGGAAAAAUAUGAGCGUCAUUUGGCAGAAAUUCAGGGUAAUGUCAAAGUUCUUACAUCUGAGAGAGACAAGACCUUUCUUCUUUAUGAACAGGCACAGGAAGAAAUUGCCAGACUUCGAAGAGAAAUGAUGAAAAGCUGUAAGUCUCCUAAAUCAACAACAGCACAUGCCAUCCUCCGGCGGGUGGAGACUGAAAGAGAUGUAGCCUUCACUGAUUUACGAAGAAUGACCACAGAACGAGAUAGUCUGAGGGAAAGGCUAAAGAUUGCCCAAGAGACAGCAUUUAAUGAGAAGGCUCAUUUGGAACAAAGGAUAGAGGAACUGGAGUGUACAGUUCAUAACCUUGAUGAUGAACGUAUGGAGCAAAUGUCAAAUAUGACUUUGAUGAAGGAAACCAUAACCACUGUGGAAAAAGAAAUGAAAUCACUAGCAAGAAAGGCAAUGGAUACUGAAAGUGAACUUGGCAGACAAAAAGCAGAGAAUAAUUCUUUGAGACUUUUAUAUGAAAACACAGAAAAAGAUCUUUCUGAUACUCAGCGACACCUUGCUAAGAAAAAAUAUGAGCUGCAGCUUACUCAGGAGAAAAUUAUGUGCUUGGAUGAAAAAAUUGAUAAUUUUACAAGGCAAAGUAUUGCCCAGCGAGAAGAAAUCAGCAUUCUUGGUGCAACACUCAACGAUCUGGCUAAAGAAAAAGAAUGCCUGCAAGCAUGUUUGGAUAAAAAAUCUGAGAAUAUUGCAUCCCUUGGAGAGAGUUUGGCAAUGAAAGAAAAGACCAUUUCAGGCAUGAAGAAUAUCAUUGCUGAGAUGGAACAGGCAUCAAGACAGUCUACCGAAGCCCUAAUUAUGUGUGAACAAGACAUUUCCAGAAUGCGUCGGCAGUUGGAUGAAACUAAUGAUGAGCUGGCUCAAAUUGCCAGGGAAAGAGAUAUCUUGGCUCAUGAGAGUGACAAUCUCCAAGAACAGUUUUCUAAAGCAAAACAAGAAAACCAGGCACUGUCUAAAAAAUUGAAUGAUACUCAUAGUGAACUUAAUGACAUAAAACAGAAAGUCCAAGAUACUAAUUUGGAGGUUAACAAACUGAAGAAUAUAUUAAAGUCUGAAGAAUCUGAGAACCGGCAGAUGAUUGAGCAACUCCGAAAAGCCAAUGAAGAUGCUGAAAACUGGGAAAAUAAGGCUCGUCAAACAGAGGCAGAUAACAAUACCCUCAAAUUAGAACUUAUCACUGCUGAGGCAGAGGGUAACAGAUUAAAAGAAAAAGUAGAUUCCCUCAAUAGAGAGGUCGAGCAGCACUUAAAUGCAGAAAGGUCUUACAAGUCCCAGAUUUCUACUUUACAUAAGUCUGUUGUAAAGAUGGAAGAGGAGCUUCAGAAGGUUCAGUUUGAAAAAGUGUCUGCCCUUGCAGAUUUGUCUUCUACAAGGGAGCUUUGUAUUAAACUUGACUCAAGCAAAGAACUUCUUAAUCGACAGCUGGUUGCUAAAGAUCAAGAAAUAGAAAUGAUGGAGAAUGAGUUAGAUUCUGCUCGUUCUGAAAUAGAACUCCUCAGGAGUCAGAUGACAAAUGAGAGAAUCUCCAUGCAGAAUCUAGAAGCUUUGCUGAUGGCUAAUCGAGACAAAGAAUAUCAGUCUCAGAUAGCGCUUCAAGAAAAAGAAUCUGAAAUUCAGCUUCUUAAAGAACACCUUUGUUUGGCAGAAAAUAAAAUGGCCAUCCAGAGUAGAGACGUGGCCCAGUUCAGGAAUGUCGUAACGCAAUUGGAAGCUGAUUUAGACAUUACCAAAAGACAACUAGGAACGGAGCGCUUUGAAAGGGAGAGGGCUGUGCAAGAACUUCGCCGCCAGAAUUACUCAAGUAAUGCUUAUCAUUUGAGCUCUACAAUAAAGCCAAAUACAAAAUGUCAUUCACCGGAACGUGCUCACCAUCGAUCUCCUGACCGAGGCCUAGAUCGAUCAUUAGAAGAGAAUCUUUGCUAUAGAGAUUUCUGACACGUGAAAAGAUUCUUCACAUCCUUGGGAAAGGUCAAAGUUACAAACUGAUUUUUUUUUUUUUUGCUAUAUGAUUGCAUUUAUCUUUUGAAUGCUUGACGAUGUUAAAUGUAUUUAUUAACUUUGUGCCUCUGAAUCUCUGUUCUUAUAUGCCAUAUCGCAGUGAUCUGAGAUGACUUAUAGAAACAAAAAUGCGUAUGGCUUUUUCUAUCCAUACAGUAAUAGUGAGUGUAAAAUCUGCUUACUUCACUAUUGGACACUGUUAUGUUAACUAUCCGGAGUAAAUAAAGAAUCUUAUAAAAAGAGGGAAAAGUGUUUUUACAAAACUGAUUUCCUUUCCUUUCUUGAUAUCUCAAAUAAUUGGUUGGUUAAAUUUUUUCUUUUUGAUUUAUACUUUCAUGGCUGGAGAAGUUGUGCCAAAAUAGACACAGUUUACUGAUACUGGCCUAGGACCCAAUAUAACAUUUUGGAACCAACCUGACAUAAAUUCCAGGCCGUAAUCUGACUUCAAAGCAGAAGAUAGUAGGAGUAUGUCAAGGUUUUUAAAUCCAUAGUAUUGUAUCACUAAUUAACAUACAUUUUCUACAAUUGUGUCUACCCCUACUAUUUUUAGAAAGGUAGGUGAUGCUCUAUCUGUCAAGAAUGUAUGAUUUUUAAAAAUCUGUAUUUUUAAUAAGUUUUCUUUAAAACAUUAAAGUACUGUAAUCAACUUAAUUGCCAUUUUAUUUAUUUAUUUUUUUGCCUGUGACAGCUGUCUGUAAUGUAGAGUAACAAGUUCAGUGAUGUUUCCUUAUUUCCCCUAAAAUCUCCUAAAUCUCUUACCUUUUUUGUCCAUAGGCUUUGAUUUAAUGUUGAUAUUAGAGCCUGAACACUACUGUAUUUUACUGAUAUAAGCUAUUUGUAUUCUUGCCAUUUUAAUUAAAAAAAAGUCCUGUCAUUAAUAGUA